AUGGGGGAUGGUAAUAGUAGGAAGUAUGGUCUCUUACAGGAUCUAUUAUUGAUCGUUGUGUCUAACGAUGCGGAGAAAGAGCAGCAUGAAGAAGCAAGAUUAAAAGCCGCGGCAAACCUUCGAAGAUUAAAUAGGAGGGGUAGUGAUGAUGAAUCGGACUCAGAAGAAACAGUUUCGGGGAAGAAAAAGUCGCGCCGUCCCCGCAAAGAGGAUUUAAUCCUCGAUCAAUAUGAAAAUCAAAUUGCAAUGGAAGUUGUAGCCCCGGAAGAUAUACCCGUUGGUUUCGACGAUAUUGGCGGCUUGGACGACAUAAUCGAAGAAUUAAAGGAAUCCGUCAUUUACCCUCUCACUAUGCCUCAUUUAUAUUCGCAUUCGUCCCCUCUUUUAUCUGCACCUUCCGGUGUAUUACUAUAUGGUCCUCCAGGAUGCGGCAAAACUAUGUUGGCAAAGGCUUUGGCGCAUGAAAGUGGAGCUUGCUUUAUCAAUCUGCAUAUCUCGACGUUGACAGAGAAGUGGUAUGGUGAUUCAAAUAAACUUGUUCGCGCAGUGUUUUCUUUAGCCCGGAAAUUGCAACCCAGUAUUGUGUUUAUCGAUGAGAUAGAUGCAGUUUUGGGACAAAGACGGAGUGGUGAACAUGAAGCCAGUGGUAUGGUGAAAGCAGAGUUUAUGACGCUUUGGGACGGACUUACUUCAUCGAAUAAGAGUGGAUUGCCAGAUCGGAUUAUGAUCUUGGGUGCUACAAAUCGAAUGCAAGAUAUCGACGAGGCAAUUCUGCGAAGAAUGCCUAAGAAAUUCCCUGUCUCAUUACCAUCGAAUUUGCAAAGAAGACGGAUUUUGGAUUUGAUAUUAAAAAACACCAAGACUGAUCCAAACGACUUCGACAUCGAUUAUCUUACAAGAGUCAUGGCUGGUAUGUCAGGAAGUGAUAUCAAGGAGGCGUGCAGAGAUGCCGCUAUGGUUCCAGUUCGAGAGUUUAUCAGAGAGCAAAGGGAAAGUGGUGUGUCUAUGACUAGUGUUGAUUCAACGCACGUUCGAGGAGUUAGGACGGAGGAUUUCUUCGGUAGAAAAGGGGGUGGGCAAAUUAUUAAGGAUAAUCAUGCACGACACAUAGCAGCAGCCAGUACUUCUACGAAAAGAGGUACAAAUUCUUGUGAUGGAUACGAAGAUGUCGAAGAGAGUAUUACUGAAUCAAUGGAUUAA